AUGGACUUCUCUCUGGGCCUACGUUUGGGGCCUCGAAACAAGAAGGCCACCCACCAACAACCUCCUGCGCCCUCUGUGCACAGCCCACCAGCUGCCUCUCUUUGUAUAUCCUGUCCUUCCUCUGCCUGCGCCUGUCCCUGCCCUGGCUGCCCUCCUCCCACCUCCUCCUGCACUGCCUAUCCCUCUUACACAACUACCUGCCCCUCCUGUCCCAGGCUCCCUGGCCCACCCUGCACUUGCACCUGCCUUCCCUGCCCUGCCUGUCCUCCCUCAACAUGUCCCCAUAGCUCCUGUGUCCCAUGCUCUGGUCCUCAUUUGACCUGUUGCCAUCCCUCACCUUGCCCCAUUUACCCUUGUUCCAAGGGUCGAUCUGCCUGUCCCAGCUCCUGCUUGGACUACAGUGACAACUGUGGCUGUGGCCACGGGUCUACCUGGGGGCCUCCAGGCUCCUUUGGCCACUGCAGUUGCUGCUUCACGGGAAAGCGCACCUCUCAGGGGCACUGUCUGAUAGUCUAG